AUGGAAGGACAACACUUUGCAGCACACAGAGCAAAAUUGAUACAAGUGUUAAAUGAGCACAAACUUAGCCGUAGUAUUGUUUUCCUCCGGUCUGGAAAGGAGGAAAUGGAACCUUUUAGUAAUGGCGAGAAAUCUUUCUACCAGGAAGCGUUAUUUUACUGGUUAACAGGCUGGAAUGAACCAAACUCAGGCUUAAUCAUCAACGUUAUUCAGAAUAAAUCAAUUUUAUUAAUUCCAGAUUAUGAUGAUAGCUAUGAAGUCUGGACUGGUGACAUUCCAACAGAAGAAGAAGUUAUUGCUAUGACAGGAGUUGACGAAGUAGCAUCUAUGGAAGCUGCAGGCAUUAUAAUGGAAGAAAUUAUUGCAAAUGAUCAACCAAUUCGCAGAUUACUCGGAUAUCAAGAAUUCCAAUCACUUAACUACGAUGAUACAACUACACUUAUCACAGCUGCUGGUCUCGCAAGAAAAGUUAAGUUUGAAUGGGAAAUUGAUUGCUUAAGAGCUGCUGCUAUCAUGACAUCAGAUAGUAUCUGUGCCGUUAUGAAGAUGACUAGGUCAGAUAUGUCAGAAAGAGUCCUUGAAGCCACUUUUCUUUACGAAGGUAUCAAAUUAGGAGCUGAUGGACUUUGUUUCCCAACGAUUGCUGCAUCAGGACAGAACGCUUCUUACCUCCACUACGUCAGAAACUCUUCAUCUGUUAAUCCAGGCUCUCUUGUUUUGAUGGAUUGCGGUUUAUUCUACAAACAUUACUCAGGAGAUGUCUCCAGGACAUUCCCAGCUAACGGCAGAUUCACUGACGUCCAAAAAGCAGUCUACAACCUUUUAUUGAACCUCCAAAUUAAUUUGAUUAACAUGGUUCAUCCAGAUGUGACUAUUGAUGACUUAGACAGCGCUAUGAGAUACGGAGUUCACCAGAUUUUGGUCAGUUUAGGCAUUGUUUCUGGAAAUUCCAAACCGAAAUUCCCAGUUAUCAACGUUUUCAUACCACACAGUGUUUCCCAUCACAUUGGAUGCAACAACCAUGAUCCUGUCAUCCACAAUCCACCUUCAAAGAUCAAAUUACCAAGAAAUGAUCAAGUUCUUGGCCCAGGAAUGGUCAUUUCCAUUGAACCAGGUAUAUACUUCAACAGAAUAAAUAUUCCUCGCGCGAAAGAAGACGGAAUUCCUUUCAAUUACGAUACAGCUCUCUCAUUCUGCGACGUAAUAGGCGGAAUCAGAAUUGAAGACGACGUACUCGUUACACAGAAAGGACACGAAGUAUUGUCCAACGCUCCAAAGACUGUUGACGAAAUCGAGGCUAUUAUGAAUCCAGAUAAUUGA